UAAACUGCAUUAAAAAUAUUAUUUCAGGAAGCAACACAGCUUGAUGACUUUUGUAUAUGAGUUUUCCUUAUUUUUAAUUACCUUCGAAGAGAAGUUUUUAAAAAUCUAAUUUUCAAGGCAUCUAACGCAACCAUUGCCUUGGAUGGCAGCAAUCCAGUUCAGGACAAAACACGACCCAAAGUUGAUGUUUUGACUGUUCCAUCCCGACUCCGAGGCUGGACUGGCCCCCGAAGCCUAUGUUCACAGAAGUGGGCUUCAGAAGGCUUCAAAUCGCGCGCGGGACACCAACACCUGAGAGAAACCAGGGCUGCAGCGGGGGCUGUUACCAACCAGGCAGUUCUCGGAGGGGCGGGGUUGAAGGAGGAGCGAGGGACCUUGGCAAAGCGUCCUGAGUCGCCAUGGAAACGAGGCCCUGCGGAGGUCCUAGCAGCCCACACGAGUCCCAGGAAAUUUGCUCCCCGGGAUUACUAGUGUUCGCCGGCUCCUCGGAGGAAGAUACCAACUUAGCUAAGCAGUUCUGGAUCGCGGCGUCGAUGUACCCCACUAACGAAUCGCAGCUGGUGCCGGGCAGAGGUAGCAGCCAGCGUCUGCCGGUGGCGCGGCCCCGUAAGAUCUGUGUGCCUGAGAAUACAGACGUCAUUGCUGAAGCCCUCAAGAUUCAGGAAUCUGAAGAAAAAGCAAAGUAUCUCCAAAAGGCUAAAAGAAGACAGGAGAUUCUUCAGCUUUUAAGAGAACAAAGAGAAGAAAGGAUCUCGAAAGAACUGAUUUCCUUUCCUUAUAAACCAAAGGCCAAAUUAUACAGAGCAAAGAAAAUGAUAUCAGAGUCAGAUAAAGAAGACAGAGAAGAAGUCAAAGCGUUGGAUUAAUUUGAUUGACAACAUGGUGGAAGAUGGUUUACUUCUAUCUUCACUGAAAGAACCUACUCUUAUAUCAGGAUAUUGGAGUCGCUGACAAAGUGAAAGUAGAGAAAGAAUAAAAGUUAAGUUUGUAGAUUUCUAGGAUUUUACCAUUUAUUGAAUAUGUGUGUCAAAAUGGACAUGCAAAUAAAAGUCAAAUA